UCCCUCAUCACCAACCCUCCUGUCCCCACGCCAUCUCUCCUGUCCCCAACUGUCCAUCCUGUUCCCAACCCCAUCUCUCCCGUCCCCAACCCUGUCCAUCCUGUCCCCAACUCCAUCCCUCCUGUCCCCAACCUCUUGGAGGAGCUGGAGAGCCUGAUCCAGGAGCAGCUGAAGAAGGGCAACGACUCGUCCCACGUCUGGGCGCUGCGGCAGAUCGCCGACUUCGUGGCCACCACGUCCCCUGCCACCCUCCCCACCUCCCCCAUGGGGCUGUCGGCCGUCACCCCUAUCAACGACCUGCAUGGCCCCGAGGCGCUGGCGCUGGCCAAGGGGGAGGGCCACCAGACCUUGGGGCACACCAAGCCUUGGGGGCCACCAGACCUUGAGGGCCACCAGACCUUGGGGACUCCUGAAACCUUGAGGGCCACCAAACCUUGGGGACCACCAAACCUCAAGGGCCACCAGACCUUGAGGGCCACCAGACCUUGGGGACUCCUGAAACCUUGA